UUGCUUUUAUUCCAGGACUGUGCGUUUAACAAACUGCAGUCUAGUUCAGCGCUCAGAGUCUCAUUCCAGGGAAAUAUGAGGGUCCUAGGUAGUAAUAAGUGUAACCGAUGGUAUUUCAAGUUCAAUGGAAAUGAAUGCAGUGGACCAAUGACGAUUGAGGCUGUUGUUUACAACGACUGGCCAUCUGGGAGCCCUAAUUUACUGCAUCAUCGGUCAUUUGAGGGAUACUGUGAAAACAUCCCACAAGGCGCAGUUAGAGUGGAAUUAUGGGUAGGACAGUGUAGUGGCGUAACCCUGGGUGAUGCUCACACUGGGUGGGGUUCAGUGUCCCGGAUAAUGAUUGAAGAAGUAUCUAGGCCCCAGUCCUAA